UCGGGCGGAGCUGAUGCUGGCCCAGCAUUUCCCCAUCCCCGAAUAACAUAAUUUCAUCCCCUCACCCGCCCAGUCUUUAGAGAGCUGGUACAGCAGGGUGUACAUCGACCACCAUGUCCCACGAUGUGACUGUCAUCCGGACUACAACAAGCAGCAGCAAUGUUCCCCAUGCCAGUUCAGACACUUUGGACAGGGGCUAUGCCAGCUCCUUUACGGGAAUGCUUAAACCCGUCCAGAUGUUGGCUCUGCUGCUUGCCUUUAUAUGUGUGAGAAGCUCACUGUGGACCGAUUACAGUGCAUUUUGCUAUUUUGAAGUUAUUACAAUUACCUUCAUGAUUUUAAUUCUCAUCUUCUAUCUGGUCAACGUUUUUCGGAUCUACAGAAUGCUGACAUGCAUUUCUUGGCCUCUUGCGGAGCUGUUACAUUAUGCAAUUGGUACAAUCCUACUCCUGAUUGCUUCUAUUGUAGCUGCUGUGAAAAGCUAUGGUUUGCCCGGAUUGAUAGCUGGAUCGGCUUUUGGAUUCAUAGCUACCUUCCUUUGUACUGUGGGGAUGUUUUUAUCUUACAAGGUGUCUUUCAUUACGCAAUCAAGCGGACCCUACAUUUGACCAUGUGGAUGGCUGAAGUUACCGGAUUGAAGUAAAACCAGCAGGCGCUAUGCUAAAUUUCUGUAUCCGUUCAGUAUUUGCACUGAGCAAUAACCUAUUUUAAGUCUCUCAUGCAUAAUGUGGAUCCAGCCUCGAACUGUCGUUUAUAAUGUGAAUACCACAAAAUAUGUAUUAUAGUUUCCAGCACGUUGACAUGGAACCCUGUAUGGACUAACAGAAAUCCGUUUUUUUUUGUUUUUUUUAUUAUUAGUGAUUUAUGAACUAUUUGUUGAUUUACUUGACAUUCUAAUUUCAAAAACUAUUUGUGACAUUUUGCAUUUGUUAUUUUGAGUCAUGUAGUCCUUUGCUUAAGAAGCAGUGUGUCCAUUUUAUGUUUGUGUAAGCAGGGCCAACAUUUCCACUCGCCGCUCCUGCUGAGUGUCAAUUCACACCUGUUAGGUGGGUUUUGCACCCCCACGGCCCGAGUCCUCUGUUUUGCUUGAAUGCAGAAGCUUAUUUAAGUGACGACCACACUGCUGCUGAUCUCCUCUCCACACACAGAAAAAUUACUGUUAUGCACCACCUGCAUAUCUCAAGGUAGACUUUGGGAAGUCCUCCUAGGUAGGGCACAGAAACUCAAAAUCGUGUUUACAUAACUAUUCCAGAGUUCUUAGCUUAACAUGCACUGACAGACAUCAUGUUUCAGACUUACGGUUUCAUACUUCAUACUGCUUUUUUGCAGAUACCCUUAGGAAUGCUGUUUUAAAAUAACGUGUUUUAUUUUUGUUUGUUUGUUUUUUUACUAACUCAUGGGCUAAGAUCCAAAUGGUUCUGUGGCCAGAAAGCUGGCAUGGACUGCAGUUUAGACCUUGUGGGUUUCAUCAGCGUGGCACUGGGAUGUAGAUGUGUAGGGACAGAUAAAAUAAAAAUAGAAAUCAG